AUGCCAAUGAGUGGCUCCUCCGCCAGGCUUUGCGCGGACCAUGUCGCCAGCGCGCUUCUGAGACGGCGAGUACCGGUACGCCCUGCGGCCCUGCGUACAACGAAGCCAGCUUAUAUCACGGAUUAUCGGAGAAGUCUACACAGUGGGCUUUCCUACCGCUCCCGAACAAACCCAGGGAUUCCGCGCAGAUGUAGCCGGUGGAAUGCGGGUGCGUACUCGGUGAACCAGGGGGUGAGACGAUGGGCAGCAACUCUCACAAAUGAUGCGGCUGUGAAGGCUCCGGCUAGCGAGACUGGUGGUCCCUUGGCAGAGUAUGAUACGAGGGUCCAGGCGGGGAGGCUUCGAGACGAUCCCUAUCAGAGACAGAUAAUCGAGCAGCUGCAAGAUUUAUACGAACGGCUCCGGUCAUAUGAAGCUCCUGCGGUCGUGCGCCCAACUAUAGAGUCGUUGGACCAAGCGCCGAAGAAGUCGUUUUUCGGCUCGUUAUUCUCAAAAGCGCCUGCGAAGCCGGAAACGUCGAUUUCGGAGGAUCUGCCUAAAGGUCUUUAUAUGUAUGGGGAUGUUGGAUGUGGGAAGACGAUGCUCAUGGAUUUGUUUUACGAAACGCUGCCACCGAAUAUUUCGUCGAAGUCUCGGAUUCAUUUCCAUAACUUCAUGCAGGAUGUACAUAAGCGGAUGCAUGUGGUGAAGAUGCGGUUUGGUAAUGACUUUGAUGCCUUGCCGCUGGUUGCGGCUGAUAUUGCGGAAAAGUCGAGUGUGCUAUGCUUCGAUGAGUUCCAGUGUACGGAUGUAGCUGAUGCUAUGAUUCUACGAAGACUCCUUGAAUUGCUUAUGUCUCACGGCGUUGUCCUCGUUACCACCUCGAACCGACAUCCAAACGACCUCUACCUGAACGGCAUCCAACGUGAAUCCUUCAUCCCGUGCAUCACCCUCCUAACGACUGUCCUCAAUGUGAUCAACCUUAACUCUCCCACCGACUACCGAAAAAUCCCCCGUCCGCCAUCUGGUGUCUACCACAACCCUCUAGGUCCAGAGGCCGAGCAGCAUGCUCAGAAAUGGUUCGACUUCCUCGGCGACCCGAUCAACGACCCUCCACAUCCGACCACGCAAGAAGUCUGGGGCCGCAAGAUCCAAGUUCCUCUCGCCAGCGGCAAGGCUGCAAAGUUCAGCUUCCAGCAGCUCAUUGGAUCUGCUACAGGUGCAGCAGACUAUCUCGAACUGGUCCGAAAUUACGAAGCAUUCAUCGUCACGGAUGUGCCGUCCAUGACGCUGCACCAGCGUGAUCUUGCUAGACGGUUUAUCACAUUCAUCGACGCCGUCUACGAAAGCAGGGCAAAACUCGUCCUUACAACAGAAACCCCGUUAACAACGCUCUUCAUCUCCGAGUCUGAAGUCAAGACCUCUCUCGACGACAGCGGCGAGCACACGGAUCUCUCCGACUCCAUGCGCAUGAUGAUGGACGACCUCGGCCUAUCCAUGAAAGCACUCAAAACAUCCUCAAUCUUCAGCGGUGACGAGGAACGCUUUGCCUUCGCGCGUGCUCUAUCCCGUCUUUCUGAAAUGGGGAGCAAGGAGUGGGUUGAGAGGGGUUUGUUGGGUGUAGGAUUGGAUGCUGCGAAGGGGAAGCAAGAGCAUGAUGCUUAUCUGAAGGCAAGGAGCCGGUGGAGUGAGGAUAACAUGUAA